CAAUCCAAGACGACGCCGCGAGAACAGGUGAGGUUACGUACGCGUCAAACACCUGUUGUGUCAAAAUUCCGUGAAAAUCCGACAGCCGAGGGAGAGACGCGAUCUCCGUGAAUCUAAUCGACCAUAUGGCGCGUUACUUCAGGGAAGAGGAUAUAGACGAGUUCCGAGAGUGUUUCUACCUGUUCGCACGAAGCGGUCAGAUUCGCACGCUUGACGAGCUCACUAUAAUUAUGAGAUCCUUGGGUCUGAGUCCGACCAUUGCGGAAUUAAAUAAAUAUAUGAAGGAUAAAGGUGGAAAGAUGUCCUUCGCCGAUUUCUUGGAAAUCAUGCAUCUGCAGACUCGUGCGGAGGAUCUACCGAAGGAAGUGAUCAAGGCUUUUCAGGCUGCGGACGCUUCACGCAAUGGCACUAUUCCAGCCCGGCAAUUGGCGCACAUGUUGCUUCACUGGGGAGAACAAUUGAGUAGCAAGGAAGUGGAGCAGAUCUUCCGCGAGGCCAAUGUGUCUCUGAACGGGCACGUGAAAUAUGAAGAUUUCGUAAAAAUAGCUUGUGCACCUGUACCUGAUUAUUAUUAACGAGAUCAUCGAGCUUUUUCAUAUAUAUAUAUAUAUAUAUAUAUAUUCUAAUAUAUCUUAUGCUUUUACAUGUUCCGAAAUGCACGAAAGAGAAAAGUAUUUUUAUAUAAAUAAGGAAAGUUCGAUUUACAUAUAAUAAUUACUUUAUAUAUAACUUAAAAAUGUGAUUGCGGGAUUUCGGUUAUUAGAUAAAUAAAAUAUAUUUCAUUAUUUA